AAUGUUUUAGUAAUUUAUUCAUAGAUGGCGCUACUUGAAAGUGUUUUUAUUUAAAGUUCAAGUUGACUUUAUUUAUUUUUAGUUUUCAUUGUCACACAGCCAAUAUUUUGUGGUUUAAAGAUAAAAAUAUACCGUGAUGUGCUUUUUCUUUGCAUGUGAAUUUAUUUUCUGACUCAGUAUGUUGUCUUGCACAACAUUUCGUGCACAGUGUAAAUCACACGGUAUUUUUUAUAAUGUGCUUCUUUAUAUUCACUUUUUUUGUGUGUUUUUAUGCAUUAAAUAAGUGGGGACGCGCCCAUCACGAACGAAUUUCAACUCAGUCGAGUUCACACUGCCUUGAAAUCAACACAGUGAUAAGAUAACAAUUACAAUCGUCGGUUUCUUUUGAUAAAUUGAAUAAUAUUGUGUUCAGUUGUAAUUUAGCCUCAAAAUAAACUCAAAUUAAACCAAAACUUCUUAAAAACUAAUAAAAAGUGCUAAGAACAAGAAAAAAACAUGGCGUCUUCACAGCUACUCUUCGAAGAUACAACCAUCAUCACAGAUCGAAUGAAAGACUUCUGUUUUUAUUUCAUACGCCGUUUGGAAGCACGUUUUAAUUUUUAUCUUCUUAUCCUGGAAGAAGACUCCAACGGUGCUGAUAAAACCUCGACGGCCAUGACAGUUUUAGCCAACGGUGCAUCCGCAAUACCAACUAUCGGUAAACCGAUCAGCGCGGCAAUAACGCAAGGCGAAAAGUAUUUCGCGAAUAAAUCGGACAAAGCCGACGCGUAUCGAUUGUGUGAGCUGGUUUAUCAUCAUGCGAAGAACCCGGAAGCUUCCAGGAAGAUUUAUCUCUCAACUGCGUAUGAGUUAUUCGUUUGUUAUGAAAAACAGUUUAUUCAAGUGACGUGCAAGGGUGGUGUUACACGCGCAAUCGAAAAAUUGGCAUACGAUGCAGCGGAGCGACUUAUUUCAGCCAUUUUAGGUGCUGAUUACAACAUAACCUCAAUUUUAGACCAGAAAACAAUGAUUGAGGCUAUCGUUGAGAAUAGUGGUGGUUUACUACAUGAUUUAGGAUUGAUGAAAAUUGGUAGGACAGUAAAAAUGUCUACAAAAUCAAAAUCAAAACAUAAAACAUGGAAUAGCAGCGACAUCUAUACGAAAGUCGGUGUAUACCUACCGGAUAAAAAUUUAUUCUACAUCAAUACCCAGUCCAAAGUUGAUUUAUACGGUUUUCGACACCGUUUCACCUUUGAAACAGAAGAAUAUCUUCGAAAAAAUUACGAUGUGUGUGAUUAUCAUGAACAUAACCUUGAUUUAACACCUUAUACGUUUUCCCCGUAUGAAUUUCAAAAGCAUUAUGAUGAGAUAAAUCAGUAUUGCGUUGAAAGGCUCAAUCCAAUAAAAGCUGACCUUCAAGACAAACACGAAGAGUUGGUUAAAGUAAUAGAAACUGUUGAAGAUCGCGCUCAGGUUGAUAGAGAUGUCAAACACGAGGAAGCUAUGACAAGUAGGAUAGAACUGCACAAGGAUCUGAAGGCGGAUCACGGUGAGCAGAAACAAAUGGAAGUGGCUAUUCUGCAAAAGUUGGAUGAUGUCAGUAAGAAACAGGAGGAAUACGCGAAGAAAGUUUGCGAGAUUCAGGACGAGAAAGUUGUCAUUAAUAAGAAAAGUGUCGAUGAAUUCUUUAAGAAGAUUGAUCCAACGAGGAAUCAUGAGUUUGUUAAGUUGAAGAAAAAAAUUAGGAAGAUUAAAUUAUAGUGGACAUAAAUAUAAACUUUUAGUUGAUAGAUGGCGUUAGUUGUAAAAGUUUUAAAAGAUAAAAACAUAAUUCGUUUAUUUCUUAUGUUUUCUUAUGAAAAUUCAUGAAUUUAUCCAGUUGAAGAUAAAAAAAAUGGAAAGAUUAAAUUGUAAUGUACUUUUGUACACUUUUUAUUAAUAGGUGGCGUUAGUAGUAAAACAUUUC